AUGAAAUUAUUAAUUGUACUUUGUGUUCUUAUGGUCGUUGCUUUGUCAUCUGCCAAGCCGCAAUUCAAUAAUCCACGGGGUUGUAUCUAUAUUAAUGGACACUGCCACGAAGGAUGCAAAGAAGGAACGCAUAGUUACACACCAGGAUGUGGUCCUAUAUUUCCAGAAGCGACUUGUGACGAGCCACAUCCUAAGAUCGGUGAUGAUAACCUAGCAGAGACAAGUUGUCCAUACACAUUCGUAAACAUGAAAUUAUUAUUGAUCUUGUGUUUCUUUGCAUUCGCCACGUUUUGCUUUGCUUAUCCUCAGCAAUAUUCGCGAGGUUGCAUCUACGUAGAAGGAAAAUGCUACGAAGGAUGCGAAGAAGGAACCCAUGGAUACACACCAGGAUGUGGUCCUAUAUUUCCAGAAGCGACUUGUGACGAGCCACAUCCUAAGAUCGGUGAUGGUGACAUCACUGAUAUGUCUAGGUGGACUCUCAAAUCUGUGAAAGCAUCAAUAAACAGUAUCCAUAUAUCAAACUUGGCGCCGCACCGGUAA